CAGAACACUUCUUGGAGCCCGGCCACCGACCAAUCAUGAAGCUGUAAAUGCUUAGCUAACAUGCUCUUGUCCGGGCCGUGUGAGGAAAACACAGCGCAGAAGUUCGUGUUUGACAGUGAAAACUUGAUAUAUUUGGACACAUUUUUCAGAUCCUUGCUGGUCUGAUGGGUUCAUGAUAACAUCUCGGAGAGCAGAGCCCGUUCAGCACCAUGGCCCUCGCUGAGGAGCAGCCUGAGAAACACUGUUGGGUGUGUUUUGCCACUGAGCGAGACGACCACAGCGCAGAGUGGGUGAGCCCCUGCAGGUGUAAAGGCUGCACUAAAUGGAUCCACCAGUCCUGUCUGCAGCGCUGGCUGGACGAGAAGCAGAAAGGAAACAGCGGAGGAGCGGUGAACUGUCCGCAGUGUGGCACUGAAUACCACAUCACCUUCCCCAAGAUGGGUAUGUGAAGCUUUACAACAAGAAUGGCAAGUCUCUGAAGU